AUGUCUGCUAAUAAAGCGGAAAGAGUAAUUGAAAUUGAUCAGAUUUGUGGACGUUUAUACGAAGAAAGACGUAUGAGACUCGAACUUAUGCCUUAUCGAGUGGGUUAUCCAAUUUUAAAAUUGGUUUAUUCUGCAGCAACAAAUGCUAUUCACAAUGUCGGUUUAAACGAAGCAAGUUUAAUCAUUAGCAAAGCGGAAGUCGUGAAGAGGUACUACUGUGAAAAAAUGAAAACCUCGAGCUCGAGGGCGUAG